AUGAUAUUUGUAUCUACCCCAACUCCAGCACUCUGAGGAAAAAAAAAAAAAAGCCAUCUUUCUCCUGACCACCUUUAUCUCUCUUUCCCCAUUCUCCUAUCCGUGUUCCUCUUCAUGUUCUCUUGAAAUACCAAGUUUUGGGUUUUUCUUAAGGGAAUUAAGAGAGACAUGGAGGCUGUUUUAAAGGCCAAAUGGCUUCUCUCUCUACCCCCAAGCCCCAGAGCCAGGGGUUUAACCCCAUCACAGGGCUUAAGGCAUAGAUUUUUCACCCCAAAGGCUAAAACCACUGGUGGGUUUUCUCUCUCUUCGAAUGGGUUCGAAAAAUUCAAUGGGUUUGUCCCAAAAACUCAUGGGUUUUGUCAAAAAGAGAGAAACUUGUUUAUCUGCCGGGCUGAGGCUGCAGCAGCAGCUGAUGGGCAGCCACCAUCUGGUGAAUUAGAAAUUGAGAAGCCAAAGAUUUUGGGUAUUGAAAUUACGACGUUAAAGAAGAUUAUACCACUGGGGUUGAUGUUCUUUUGUAUCCUUUUCAACUAUACAAUACUCAGAGACACGAAGGAUGUAUUGGUCGUGACAGCCAAAGGGAGCAGUGCAGAAAUUAUUCCGUUUCUGAAAACUUGGGUGAACUUGCCUAUGGCUGUUGGGUUUAUGUUGUUGUACACCAAACUGGCUAAUGUGUUGUCUAAGCAGGCUCUCUUCUAUUCGGUUAUUCUCCCAUUCAUAGGCUUUUUUGUGGCAUUUGGAUUUUUCCUGUAUCCUCUCAGCAAUUAUAUACACCCAGAGGCGUUUGCUGAUAAGCUUCUCAACAUACUUGGCCCCAGGUUCCUCGGUCCCCUUGCUAUUAUGAGGAUCUGGAGCUUCUGUUUGUUCUAUGUUAUGGCUGAACUUUGGGGUAGUGUGGUGAUUUCAGUAUUGUUUUGGGGGUUUGCCAAUCAGAUAACUACUGUUGAGGAAGCAAAAAGAUUUUAUCCCCUGUUUGGUCUUGGGGCAAAUGUUGCUCUUAUAUUUUCAGGUCGAACAGUAAAGUAUUUUUCAAAUUUGAGGAAAAAUUUAGGUCCUGGUGUUGAUGGUUGGGCCAUUUCCCUUAAAGCAAUGAUGAGCAUUGUGGUGUUGAUGGGGUUUACAAUCUGUCUCCUAUACUGGUGGGUGAAUAAUUAUGUUCCUCUUCCAACCCGUAGUAAGAAGAAGAAGGAGAAGCCCAAAAUGGGGACAAUGGAGAGUUUGAAAUUCUUGGUUUCUUCAAGAUACAUUAGGGAUCUUGCCACUUUGGUGGUUGCUUAUGGUAUUAGCAUCAACCUUGUUGAAGUUACAUGGAAAUCUAAGCUCAAAGCUCAGUUUCCAAGCCCAAAUGAGUAUUCUUCCUUUAUGGGUGACUUCUCAACUGCCACUGGAAUAGCAACUUUUACGAUGAUGCUGCUAAGCCAGUUCAUAUUUGAAAAAUAUGGAUGGGGAGUUGCUGCCAAGAUCACGCCCACAGUCCUGCUUCUGACAGGAGUCGGUUUCUUUUCUCUGAUAUUAUUUGGAGAUCCACUUGGACCUUCUCUUUUGAAGUUUGGGAUCACACCUCUUCUUGCAGCUGUAUAUGUGGGUGCCAUGCAAAACAUAUUCAGCAAGAGUGCCAAGUAUAGCUUGUUCGACCCUUGCAAAGAGAUGGCCUAUAUUCCGUUGGAUGAGGAAACUAAGGUUAAAGGAAAGGCAGCCAUUGAUGUCGUAUGCAAUCCAUUGGGGAAGUCUGGCGGUGCUCUAAUUCAGCAGUUUAUGAUCUUAACAUUCGGGUCACUUGCCAAUUCGACUCCUUACCUUGGGGGUGUACUUUUGGUAAUUGUUCUUGCAUGGUUAGCAGCAGCCAAGUCACUGGAUACACAGUUUACUGCAUUGCGGAGGGAGGAAGAGCUUGAGAAGGAGAUGGAAAGAGCAGCUGUGAAGAUUCCAGUUGUGGCAGAAAACGCAACUGGGAAUGGUUCUCUUGCAAGUGGGUCAGCACUGAAUCCAAAGGCCGGUGACUCCAUGGGCAGCUCAUCUGGAACCUCAACCCCUCAAAACAUUUAAUAAUGGUUCUCCUACCAGGUUGAUUAACAGGAGGAAUUAGUGUAGCAGAUGAGAAGCAGUAUUUGGUGAAAUAUUUGUUGUAGAAUUUUAUCUACGUAUCAAAUAAGUAUGCGACUGAUUGUCCUCGAAGUCCUGUUUUCCAUAUAUAAUGAGCUUAUAAUCCGUUUAGUUUAAA